UGGCUGGAGCCUUUGGGCUCUGGUUUGACUGAACUCUGGGCACUUCUGGGCCCCUCGGGGAGUCCAGCCUGAGCUGGUAAUGCGGCGUUAAAGACGGAGCGCCAUCUAGCGGUACCUGCCCCAAAACGUGAGCAAAGAGGAGCUGGGCCUUUAGCUCAGAGACUACCGGGCCGCAAGGGUCAGCCGCGCGCGGCUGCAGCCAGCCUCAGGUGCCUGCAGUGACGCCUUCUCCACGCGACAGCGUGCUGACCAGCCCUGGUCUCCACGUCUCAGGUUUCGCAAAGACGCAUGGGAGCGACCCAGACGAAGGCGUGUCAAGAUGGCGGAAGCGGAGGAGUCUCCGGGAAAACACGAAACAACGUCAUUUAAACCUUUGUUUGCAGGCCUUUCGGAUAUAUCAAUUUCACAAGACAUCCCAAUAGAGGGAGAGAUUACUAUUCCUGUGAGAGCUCGUGCUCAAGAACUUAACAGCUCUACAUUAAAUGAAUCUGUUCAUCAAACCAUCAUGCGUGAUAUAAAAGCUGUGGGGAAGAAAUUUAUGCAUGUUUUAUAUCCGAGGAAAAGCAAUGCUUUGUUAAGAGAUUGGGACUUGUGGGGCCCAUUAAUACUCUGCGUAACACUUGCAUUAAUGUUACAGAAAAGUUCUGUGGAUGGAGAAAAAGAUGGAGGACCACAGUUUGCAGAAGUAUUUGUUGUCGUCUGGUUUGGAGCAGUCACUAUCACACUAAAUUCAAAACUUCUUGGUGGAAACAUUUCCUUCUUUCAGAGCCUCUGCGUGCUGGGAUACUGUAUACUUCCUUUGAUUGUUGCUAUCCUGAUUUGCCGCCUGCUGCUUUUGGCAGGGCAGGGACCAAUAAAUUUCAUGAUUCGAUUUUGUGUGGUGCUGGUGAUGUUCACCUGGUCUGUGAUUGCAUCUACAGUCUUCCUUGCUGAUAGCCAGCCUCCAAACCGCAAAGCUCUGGCUGUGUAUCCGGUCUUUUUAUUCUACUUUGUGAUCAGUUGGAUGAUACUCACAUUCACUCCAUAAAUCCGAAUACACACAUUGAAAACCAGUGAACUGAAAGCUCACCUAGAAGAUAACGGUUUACCAACAACAACCUCCCCACUCUCUUGUUCAAUUUUUGAGAUAUUAAAAGGGAGCCACAUAGCACUGUUGUAAUUUAUAUAAGGAACUGAUAUUUGCAAGACUGACCUUUUCCAGUUAAUGUUAUUACUUUCAAAUACUUGUGCAUACCACACAUAGUAACAUGCCUCCUUAAGGUAGGGUGAAGUCACUUGUUCGUUUGAAUGACAACCAGUGACUUGAGCAAGUAGAUCCACUCUACCAAUUAAAAAGAGUUGGUGAACAUCGUCAGCUUGGAGAAUAUUUGUUCAGGUGCAGCUCUUAAACACAUUGCCUUAUGACUAUUAGAAUAUGCCUCGUUUCAUAAAUAGUGUGUAUCCACCUUUUUUUUUUCUUUUCCCCCCGAAACUUGAGAAAGCAAUGGCAGAGGUUAGGAACAAGGUUUACAAAUGUGGGAAGAAAAAAAAACAUGCAUUAACUGAUUUUCAGAUUUUGAUCAGAGGUACUGCUAGAGUUGGGUUUUUUUUUUUUGUUGUUGUUGUAUUUUUAAGCAAAUGACAUCUAAAGAAUCAGCUUUUUUUUUUUUUUUUUUAUUUUUGUAUAGUUACCUUCUGUCAUGCGUAACAGUACCCUGGCUAGCAUUCUAGUUUUUAAUGUUUCUCCCACAUCCUGAAUAUAAAAUGCUAAUAGUUAAACAUGCAACUUUCCUUUGAAGUUCUCAAUGGUCCAAUAUUUGAGCUUUUCUAAGUAGCAGAAGAAUUCAAAAAUCUAGGUUCAUGGUUUGUAAUCUAUUUUGUCAUGUGGGCACCUUUUAAGGUAUAAUAUAUUAUACAACAUAGCUAACAGGACCUAUUAAUUAUUUUGUAUGGUCCAUCCUCAGACUGGAAGGAAAGGAAGGCUACAUCAGAAGUGUGUAUUUAACCAAGUGGAUACAGAGAAUCUAGUUUUCUGAAGGCUGGGUAACAGGAGAACACUUAAAUACAUGACAAAAGGUGAAUUGAGUUUACAGCUACUGCCUUUCCAUAGUGGGCUCAGCAGCUUUUUUUUUUUUUUUUUUU